AUGGGCGGAAAAGGAGCGUCAAACCCCGUCGUCAUGGUCUUCCAAGGACUCCUGUCACUCUUCCGCGGCGCUGGCCGUCGAGCUCUCCUCACCCGCUUCCUCCUGGCCCUCGUCCUCGCCGUGCUCACAUACCAGCUCCUCCCCCACGACGCCAGAGUUUUUCUCCUCAGCCAGCCGACUUCUGCGCACUGCAGCGCCUCGCAGAUCGCCGCCGACUACUCGUGCCGGGCCGACGACACCUCGCGCGCCGCCAUCCCCAACAUCCUGCACCUCGUCUACGUGCUGCCCGACCCCCUCGACGGCACCUUUCCGCUGCAGUUCAGCCACCUGCUGUCCGUCUACGCCGCGUGGCACCACUGGCAGCCCGACGCCAUCUAUCUGCACACCAACGCGGCGGCCAACAGCUCCGCGGUGCGCCGGGCGCGGAGCGGCGAGGCCGGCAAGUGGGCCCGGCGCUUCUUCGCCCUCCCGGGGCUCGUCGUCCACACGGUGGCGGUGCCGACGCACGCGGCCAACGGCGUGCGCAUCGCGGGCAUGGAGCACCGCUCCGACUUUGUGCGCGUCCAGGCCGUCCACGACUUUGGCGGCGUCUACAUCGACAUGGACGUGCACGCGCUCCGCAACCUCGCCCCGCUGCGCGACGCCGGCUACGGCGCCGUCGCCGGCCGCCAGACCGACGGCUGGCUCAACAGCGGCACCUUCAUGUCGGCGAAGCAGGGGCGCCUGGUGGCGCGCUGGCGCGAGCGCAUGCACGCCGCCUACGACGGCCGGUGGACGACGCACAGCAACGUUGCGCUGACGCGCGUCACCGCGGAGCUCGCCGCCGCGGAGCCCUGCGCGGUGCUGGCGCUGCGUCCGGCCGCGUUUGCGCCCGUGGGCUGGCGCUCUUUCAACACCGAGCGCCUGUUUGCGAGCCAUUUCGAGCCGGCGCCCGUGUACCUGGAGCCCGACGGCAGCCUGCCCGCGUACCCGCAAGACCACGAGGAGCCGCGGGGUUCGCGCAUGUCGUGGGCGCACGACUGGCGAUGCACAUUUCUGCUGCAUGCAUUCUCGCCCAAGAAGGAGAGGAACGGCGUCAGGGAUAACGGCAUCUCGCCGCGGUCCGUCGUCGAGAGGCGGAGCAAUUUUGCGCGUGCCGUGUACCCGAUGGUGAGGAACAUGUAUGCCAAAGGACUUGUAGAUGAGGAGGAUCUAGAGUUGACUAAACAUGAAUGA